CCCUCUCCUCCCCCUCGCGCCCCUCCCGUCCUCGCGCCCCCUCUCCCCUUCCCUGCCUCGCGGGCCCCUUGGCGCGUUCCCGGUUCCCCGCUCGCUCCCUGGGGCAUGGGAAGGGGGGAGGGGGACAUGCAUGAAAUUAAUUGUUGGUAGUGGGCACAGGAGCAGGAAGCGCUGGACACAGCGACUUCACAUGUUUACACAAAAACCUGAAUAAGGUGUGAGCGCAAGAGAGACAUUAGUGCCCCAAGGAGAAGGUUUUUGGCCCAGAUCAGGGCCUAGCACAUGACAGGGGCUCAGUAACCAUUUGUGGAAUGAAUGAAGGAGUGAAGGAAAAUAACUUGAAAGUGGGACAGGUGGCGGGUGCGGUGGCUCAUGCCUGUAAUCCCAACACUUUGGGAGGCCGAAGCAGGCAGGUCACUUGAGGAAGGUCAGGAGUUCAAGACCAGCCUGGCCAACAUGCUGAAACCCCAUCUCUACUAAAAAUACAAAAAUUAGACGGGCGUGGUGGCACAGGCCUGUAAUCCCAGGUACUCGGGAGGCUGAGGCAGGAGAAUUGCUUGAACCCAGGAGGCGGAGUUUGCAGUGAGCCAGGAUUGCACUACUGCACUACAGCCUGGGCUACAGAGUGAGACUCCAUCUCAAAACAAAAAAAAGAAAGAAAGAAAGUGGGACAGGGGAGCCAAGCGCAGUGGCUCCAGCCUGUGGUCCCAGCUACUGGGGAGGUUGAGGCAAGAGGAUUGCUUGAGCUCAGGAGGUGGAGGCUGCAGUGAGCCAUGAUCACGCCACUGCGCUCCAGCCUGGGCAACAGAGCGAGACCCUGUCAAUAAAAAAAAAAGAAAGUGGAGCAGGGAAUCCAUGAGAAUAAGAUCCAUGGAACCCAGUGACAUGCCUGCUGGCUACCACUGCCCCUUAGACUCUGCCCCCCAGGAUGAGACCAGAGACCCCCAGAGCACAGAGCUGAUCCCCAGGAGAGCCAUCAGCCGCUCUCCAACUUGCGCCCGCUGCCGCAACCACGGUGUCACCGCCCAUCUCAAGGGCCACAAGCGCCUCUGCCUCUUCCAGGCUUGCGAGUGUCACAAAUGUGUCCUCAUCCUGGAGCGCCGCAGGGUCAUGGCUGCCCAGGUGGCCUUGCGUAGGCAGCAGGAGGCGCAGCUAAAGAAGCACCUGAUGAGGAGAGGGGAAGCCUCUCCCAAAGCUCCCAACCACUUCAGAAAGGGAACCACUCAGCCACAGGUCCCCUCUGGAAAGGAGAACAUAGCACCCCAGCCUCAGACCCCCCAUGGGGCAGUCCUGCUGGCACCGACACCCCCCGGGAAGAACUCCUGUGGGCCUCUGCUGCUCAGCCAUCCCCCGGAAGCCUCGCCCUUGUCCUGGACUCCGGUGCCUCCUGGCCCGUGGGUCCCUGGACACUGGCUGCCUCCAGGCUUCUCCAUGCCACCACCAGUGGUGUGCCGCCUGCUGUACCAAGAACCUGCUGUCUCUCUGCCUCCCUUCCCUGGCUUUGACCCUGGCACCUCCCUCCAGCUGCCCACUCAUGGACCCUUCACCACCUGCCCAGGAUCUCACCCAGUACUGACAGCUCCUCUUUCUGGAGAGCCCCAAGGGCCCCCUAGCCAGCCCCGCACACACUCAACUCUGAUACUCCAGCCCUGUGGCACCCCAGACCCUCUUCAGCUACAGCCACAGGUCCUGGGAAAGAAGUGGGAUCUAGGGCCCUGGGAGGAGGUUGAGCCUGGGGAAGGAAAAAGCAGGAAACUGAAGGAAGCAGGGGCUGAGGAACACUUAGAGGGUGGGCAGAAGCGGGGGUUCCCAGUCUGCUUGUCUCCCUUUCCCUUGCAGGCCUCUGGAGCCUCGUGCCUGGCCCGGACAUCUGGCCCCUCAGAGUGGCAGCUGCAGCAAGAGGCAGCUGAAGCCCUCGUGGGGCUGAAAGAUUCAUCCCAGGCUCCUCGUGUGAGCCCUUCUGUGCCCCCCAACCCUGCCUGGAUCUCCCUGCUUCACCCCUGUGGCCCACCAGCUCCUGCUGGAGGAAGAGGAUUCCAGCCUGUUGGCCCCUGUCUUCGACCCAGCCCAGCCCCCUCUGUUGCUCUGCAUAUUGGCCGUCUGGGGUCCAUCUCCCUCCUGAGCUAGAAACCCGGAGAUGGAGGCUGUCUUGCUAUGGCAGGGAGGUGACAGCCUGCUGGCACUGUAUAUUUAGUGUCUUACUUAAGGAUUUAUGCAUGGAAUUUAAUGUAGUACAAGCUUCGGGCUUUUUUGUUUGUUUGUUUGUUUAAGCUUUCAGGUGCUUCAUUAGCUUUCAGUUCCUUUGGUAGUGUGGGCAUUUCCUUGGCUGACAGUGGAUAUUCUUGUACCCUUCUUGGGUCCUGGGAUCUCUUGACAUCCCCAAUAAAGAGAGAGUUGUGCUAUUUAAGCUGACCAGUAUCUAUAAACGUGUUUACAUGAGUUUACAUCCCAGGAUUCCAUGAUUCUGUAAAUGCCUAUGCAUUCAUGUCUGUCUCCAUGCAUGUGAAAACAGGAGAGUGUUUUCAUUUUGUGUCUAGGUUUGUGUGAGUAAGCAAGAAAUAAACCUUUGUUGUUGUAA